AUGAUUCCUGACACCGUGGGCCCUGCCUCCAUUGCCCUGGAGCUGCUCCUGGUGGCUCUGUAUUGCAGCAAUAAUUUGUGUUGCAGAUGGGAAGUGUUGCUCAAUGUAGUUGCAGAGGGGCUGCAGGUCACUCUGGCAAAUAUGUGGAUGGUCUCCUGUCUCUCGAGGAUGGAGUUCAUGGCACAAGUCCACUCAAUGAUACCCUGGCUACUUGGGAAUCCUACACUGGACCCACAGCUGUCAAUUAAGAUUUGGCCACAGGAGGAGUCAAGGACAGAGCCACAAAUUGUUCUAGGAGGCAUCCUAAGUUUCAUGGAAACUGGUGAAGACAACAAUUUGACUGGACUUGGAGCUCGACGAGGCGGACUGUCUAGAAACAACCACAAAGUCGAAAUCAACGAAGCAGUGAAAAAUCGGAUGAGUGCAGGGGUUCAAAUCCCUGAAGAUGCAAACAUUAUAGAAAAUGGUAGACUGAAGGGAAUGAUGUCGAAAAGUACAAAUAAAGGAGAACACAGCAGGACACAUUCCACGACUUGGACAGGGCAAUGGAGCUCAGAAUAA